AUGACAAUGGCUGUGUUUUUGUUAAAAUGGGGACUAUUUAUCGUAAUGUGCAUACCGAUGUUCUUGCAGUUGAAAGUUACAUUAGAAGGUCUGUAUGUUCAAACCAUUCUAACGCAUCAUUAUAAAAGUCAAUCGCGACAAUUGGCUCAUAAAUAUGAUUCUUCACGAAUGAAAGUAGAUCAUUUAAAUGUCAAAUUAGGUACAAAUACUUAUGACCCAGAUCCGUUCUCUCAGAUACAUAAAGGGAAUAUAUCUGGCCAGGAACAUCCGCAAAAGGAAAACGCAACUUUAUUGAUGUUAGUAAGGAAUGAAGAACUUGAAGGUGCAUUAGAAUCGAUGAGGUCACUGGAGGAUCGUUUUAACAAGGAUUACCAGUAUGACUGGACAUUUUUAAAUGAUGUACCGUUCACUCCGGGGUUCAUACUAGCUACAACGGCAAUGGCAAGUGGGAAAACCCAAUAUGGACUUAUCCCUUCAGAAGAUUGGGAUAGGCCCGAUUGGAUUGAGGAUAAUAAGUUUACUAAAUGUAUGAACAAGAUGAAAGAAGACGAUGUGAUGUAUGGGGAUUCUGUAUCCUACAGAAACAUGUGUCGGUUCAAUUCUGGGUAUUUUUUUCGUCAAGAAUUGUUAAUGGAUUAUGAUUAUUAUUUUAGAGUGGAGCCAAACGUUGGUUAUUUCUGUGAUUUACCAUAUGAUCCGUUUAAAGUCCUAAGGGAACGUAAAGCCAAAUAUGGUUUUGUAAUUUCCCUUUAUGAAUAUGAGAAUACCAUACCGACUCUAUGGGAUGCUGUCUCUGAAUAUAUAGUAGAGGAUAAUGGAAGAGAUGUUCAAAUGGAUAGAAAUUAUUAUGGGUUUAUAACUGAUAAAUCCCAAGUUGGGCGUUUCUUACCUGCUGUCGAGUCAAAUUCGGACUAUAAUUUAUGUCAUUUUUGGUCAAAUUUUGAAGUUGGUGACUUAAACUUUUUCAGAAGUGAACAGUACUUAAAUUAUUUUAAUCAUUUAGAUUCGAAAGGUGGAUUUUACUAUGAGAGAUGGGGUGAUGCUCCUGUCCAUUCAAUUGGUGCAUCAUUAUUAUUAAAAGAUGAAGAAAUUAUACAUUUUGAUCAAAUCUCAUAUUGUCAUCCACCAUUUUAUAGUUGUCCAACGGCUAUGUAUGGACGUUUAGACCAACGAUGUAUUUGUGAUAGUGAAAAUGAAUUUAGUAUUGACAUUAGACCUCAUAGUUGUUUAAUGCGUUGGUGGAAAAAUGGUAGCGGUAAACAUUUUAUCAAAGAAGGUUAA